AUGGAUAAUCAGCCAACAACCGAAUCUGUGUUAGAAGAAAUAUCUAUUAAAAGUGUGACAGAACCGAAAGCAAUAAUCAAAAACGAAACAUUUCUGAAAGAAAUUCUGCAACUUGCUCCUGAAUUCAACUCAUGGAAACACCAAACAUUCAAUGAACCGUUCCAUUUGGUUUUGGACAAUUGUCCCAAUGUUCAAGAUAGUUAUGCACAAACCAACUAUUCUCUUAAGGGCAAGUUCUACGCAAGCAAAUAUGUUAUUCGCGUUGAAAAUCCCUUUCUUUUGGCCCAGUAUUAUUUGAAGAAAAUCCAGGUACAAGAGCGAAACGGUAUGGUGGAAGAAAAAGAGUACUUCCAUGGGACACCUGGGUACAAUUUGGUACCCAUUUGCACAAACAAUUUUAACUGGAGAAAAGUUACUCAUGGAAAAUUUGGAAAAGGCGUCAGUUUUUCACCGAGAUCCGAUUAUGCCAAGCAUUCAACACAAGAAACCCUACUUGAAGACAUGCCAGUAUUACAAGAUUUUUUCGAAGAAUAUUCAAUUGAUUGUUCCAUGUAUUUAAAUUCAAUGUUCUAUGCAAAAGUGCUUCAAGGAAAAUGUCAAACUGCAGAUAAAUAUACGAUAAAUCCUGUCAAAUCAUUCGACACAACCACAAAUGGUAAAGAUACAGUUUUUGUUAAAUACGAGGAUUUUGAGUUUUUUCCUGAAUAUAUUGUUUUAAUGGAAGAAGCUAAACGUUAUAAUAUAAUUGAUUAUGAUAAGAAAAUGGGCGGUUGGAAGUUGGAAAUAGCGAAAAUGGCGAUGUACGUCACGUUCCCAGUCUGUUUGUUCCACUAUUUCAAUCAACCAGAGUAUUUCGAAGAAUGGGUAGUUAAAACGAAAAGGGAAAUUUACCCGCCGGAAAGUUUGAAUAAAAAAACGGAAUACGAGCAAGCGGUGAGGAAAUUGCGCGAGAAACAGGACAGGGAAUCGGUGGAACUAAUGGAGAAAAGUUGA